AUGGAAGAGGAGAUUAUGAUGGCAAACCUCUCUAGGAGAAGUGUGACGAGCUCGUACAUUGAUGUACAAGGGGAUGGACGAGCUACGCUCACUUUAUUGAUGUCCGAUGACACGCAUAUUAGCGGUGUCAUGAGGACAUCGGAUGGUCGACCCUUCAGUUUCAUCCGAGACUGCGAGGAUAAUGUGUGGAAGGGCGACCAUGAGGGCCUUUCCAUCGGAUUUGGUCAUCUCACGAUGACCAACACUUGUGGAAGAAUUCCACUAUUGCCUCGGUUCUCGGCUAUGCUGGAAAGAAGUUUGGAUAGGACUCGAAGUAUCCGCUUCAUCAACUUCGAUGACACGGAAAGAAUAGCAACGAUAAUGCAAGAAAGUCGAAGAAUAUUUAUGCGAACUUAA